AUUUAGCCGGUACAAAAAUAAAUUUCGGGAUCUGUUCAACUAGGUCACCUUGUUUAUCCUAGAGUAAAUUAACAAAAAAUAAAAUAAAAUUUGGUAUGAUGAUGAUGAUGAUGUGAUGAAUGUAGUAGCGGCAGAAGGAGAACAAGAAGGGGUAACAACAACAACAACAGCAGCAGCAGCAGAAGCGGCUUAACUUCAAUGGCACGCCUCUCUCACCUUUUCUUGACCCUUACUCAAUCCCACCCACUCUCUUUCUUCCUCUCCACCCUACCUUCAUCUUCUUCAAUCUCUCUCCUCUAAUUCCUUCUUCUUUUUCCAUUCUUCUAAAACAAUCAAAUUCCCACCUUUUUAACCCAAACAAACCCCAGAAUUUUUCAACAAUCAGUCAAAAUUCUGCUCCUUUCCCUCUUUGACACCACCCCUUCUUCGAUGGGAACGGAGCCGCCGCCGCCGCUACUACCACCACCGCAGCCACCGUCGCCGCAGCCAUUGAUGCUCCUUCCUCCUCCACCACCGACGGAGACGGCUACAUCACUGGCUCCUGGCUUCAGAUUCCACCCUACUGAUCAGGAACUUGUGAGUUACUACCUGAAACGAAAAAUUUGUGGGAAACCCAUUCGGUUUGACGCUAUUUCUGAAACCGAUAUCUACAAGUCUGAGCCGUGGGACCUGCCAGAUUUGUCAAAGCUGAAGAGCAGAGACAAUGAAUGGUAUUUUUUCGGUGUACAAGAUAGAAAAUAUGUGAAUGGUUCAAGAGUGAAUCGAGCAACAGGCAAAGGGUAUUGGAAAGCCACAGGAAAUGAUCGCCCAAUCAUACACAACUUUCGUACAGUUGGUAUGAAGAAGACUCUCGUCUUUUACAGUGGACGAGCACCAUGUGGGAAGCGGACGAAUUGGGUUAUGCAUGAGUAUAGAUUAACGGAUGACGAGCUUGCCAAAAGUGGUGUUGUAUUGGAUGCAUAUUUGUUGUGUAAAAUAUUGAAGAAAAGUGGUCCCGGAUUUAAGCCUGGGGAGCAAUAUGGACCUUUUGUGGAGGAGGAAUGGGAGAAAGAUGUGUCUACCCUUGUUCCAGGAGAGGAGGGUGACGAUGAGACAGCAGUUAAUGAUGAUGCACGUGUAGAGGAUUCCAUACUGUCCAUGAACAAUUCAGAAAGUGGCCCAAUUUCCAGCUGUGGGCUAUCGACGGAGGUUCAAGAGAUUCCGCCUCUUUGCAAGGUAGAAAGGACAGAGGAAGGGCCAAUAGCUUGCACAGUUGAUCCCGAACCAUUAUCCCUUGGGCCCAAUAAACGACAAAGGCGGAGUGAGUUUGACAGCUGUCAUUCAAAUGGUGCUUCAGACAUCUCAACAACAAUAACACAAGGUCCCUGUUCUUCAUCAACAGGGACUACAAACUUUUCUUCGGGGCGUUUGGAUUUCCCAUUGCUGGAGUCAGUAUCAGUAGAGCCGAAACAACGACCAUCUCCUCCUACAAAUGUCAUUGACAUUAAUGUUCCUCCUAGUUAUUUAAAACUCUUUGAAGAGUUGCGCAAUGAAAUCUAUCGGACAUCAAUAGAGAAAGAGUCUUUAAAGAUUGAAGUGAUGAGCGCGAGGACCAUGAUUAACAUUCUUCAGACUAAAAUUGACCAUCUCACCAAGGAAAAUGAGGAGCUGAAGAAGAGCAACUCGAGGGAUGUGUAGGUUUUGUAGAGCUUCUUUUUCUUUCUUUUUACGUUGAAAGCACAUCGUGCGUUUCUAAUAUCAACUUGUCGCCUCCUUAAUGUUCGGCAAUCGGUAUGAACACCAUUGUGCUCUCAACUCUUUUAGUUUUUAUUAUCGGACAUCUACUUUUUGUAUUUCUUUUAGUUACUCGCUUGCCUGCUAGAAUUGUUCUACCUUAUUAUGUCUACAUUAUGGCUAUUCUAACUUCUAUCCCCUUUCUCUUCA